AGAAAGAAAGAAAGAGAGAAAGAUAUGGACCGAUUCUCUAAUCUCACACACUUCACUUCACUUCACAGUCAGAAUUACAGCUCAGUCGUAGUCCUCUUUGUGUCUUUGUUCCCUUCCUUCCUUCUUUCUUUUGCCCUUCCUAUAUAAAUUCUCUCCCAACUCAAUUUCACUCUCUGCUUCCCCCUAAACCUUCUUCUUCAUUUCACACACACCUCUCCCACUGUUUCUCUCUGCUGCUUCAUAAACCCUAAUACUAAUACCCCACUUCUCUGUUCCCCCACUUCUUUCUCAAAACCCACCCUUCCCUUUUUCAAUCCCUACCCAAAAAUCACUUCUAAUCACUCUUCAUUUUCCCUUUCAAAUCUCUUUCUAUUUCACUUCCUAUAAUCUCCGUGAAAUCCGGGUCUUGCUUGGAAUCUGCUGCUCAGAAUGGUGAUGGUGGAUACCGAGGUUACUGACGACAAUAAAGACACUAAUGGCCGUAAGUCUCCUUGGAAGACCCCGACUGCCGUCGAUGCCAAGGACACGGAUGCUCCUGUAAUGGGAGCUGAUUCUUGGCCUGCACUUGCUGACGCCCAGCGCCCCAAAAGUCUCGAUGCUACUACUUCUGCUAAGUCUUCUGAUUCAGGGGAGGUUUCUGAUGGAGUAGCUGCUCUUCAGUCUCCUUCUUCAGGAGCUCAGGGAGGAUAUGCACAAAAGUCACCUGCCUCUCGGAAUCCUAGUUAUUCGCACAAGAAUUUCCAAUCACAUCAUCAAAAACCAGGUUCUAAGCGCAAUCCAAAUGGUGCUCCUCAUGUUUCUGUUCCAUUACCUUAUCAUCAGCCACAAAUGCCUCCACUUUUUCCACCCAUAUUACAUCCUCCACAUCUCGCUGUUCCGGGAUAUGCUUACCAGCCUCGUCCCGUACCUGGUGUUGAAGUACAUAUGAUUAAGCCUGGCAACGAGACAUCAGUACAAGCUUUUGUUCCACCUGUUGAGCCUCCACCACGUGGUGAUCCGAGUGGUUAUGUUGUUGGUAUUCAUAAUAGAAGACCUAAUAUGCAGGAGUCUGGUGUUCAUUGGAACCAUGGCUGGCAUCAUCAACGGGGAUUCAAUCCAAGAGACAACAUUUCCAUGCAACAUGGUGCUGGACCACGCCCUUUCAUACGACCACCGUUUUUCUCUCCAGCUCCUGGCUUCAUGGUUGGUCCAAGUUUUCCUGGACAUGGACCUAUGUACUAUGUUCCGGUUCCACCUCCUGAUGCAAUUGGGAGACCUCAGUUUAUUCCACACCCUAUCAAUCCAAGGGCUUCAAUGCUUCCCCCAGAUAUGCUAGCACUUCGGACUAACAUAAUAAAACAAAUUGAGUACUAUUUUAGCGAUGAAAAUCUGAAGACUGACCAUUAUCUAAUAUCUUUGAUGGAUGAUCAUGGAUGGGUUUCAAUAUCGGCCAUUGCUGAAUUCAAAAGGGUCAAGAAAAUGAGCACCGACAUUUCGUUUAUUCUUGAUUCUCUGCAUUCAUCUGCAAAUGUUGAAGUUCAGGGAGACAAGGUGCGAAAACGUGAUGAUUGGUCAAAGUGGGUUCCAGUUUCUGCAGACUCUAAAUCAACGUUAAACGUUGAGACCUCAUCCAAUCCAGUGGAUGAAAGUAACAACUCUUUUGUGGACGAGAAUGCUUCAGAUGGUUCUAGGGUGCUAGCAUCGAAUGAUAAUAUCAAAUCUUCAAUACUUCAAGGUUGUUCUCGGGAGCAGUUCUCAAGCAGGGACAGCCCAGAAGUAGCUAAUCUAGACAUAGUGGAAGAACAUUCUCGUGGAACUUUGCCUCCUCAAGGUAUAAAGAUUUCAUCAAACGUUGGUGGACAUGAUGCUGAUGACCUUUCAAGCCAAUUUUCAAGCACUUUUAUGCUCGACGAAGAGCUAGAGAUCGAACAAAAAGCGAUAAAGAAAGACGAUUUGACUUCAAACGGAAGGAUUGAUGAAGAUGAUGACGAGAUUGCUGUCAAUGAUCAAGAUGUUCAGAGACUUAUUAUUGUCACUCAGAAUCGUGCCACCGAAAAAAGGUCUACAAAUGGAGGCAAGGAAUCAAAAUCAAUAUCUAAAGAGCUUGCUUCAACAAUAAAUGAUGGCCUUUACUUCUACGAGCAAGUACUGGAAAAAAAGCGAUCUAAUCGAAAAAAGAGCAAGUGCAACUCAGAGAAUAGAGAGGGAACCUCACGAUUAUCUAGCAGUGCUACAGGAUCAGCACGGUCAAAACCUAGUGAAAAUUCUGCUGGAUACUGUGGUUUGGAUGAAAUUGGGAAUGCUAGUCCCAGGAAGAAACAAACUAAAACCUUCCCUAAACAACAAUCUUCACAUAAGCAACGCUUUUUCUCCAGCAACUUUAGAAAUCAUGGAACGAGUCGGAACUCUCUUGGCAUUGUAGCAGAGAGUCCACCUAGUAAUUCUGUAGGUUUUUUCUUUGGUUCUACCCCUCCUGAUAGUACAAGCUCCAGGCCGUCGAAACUGAGUGUUUCUCCUCAUGGAAACUUCCUUGGCAAUAGUCCACCAGUGGGUUCCCUUCCCAAGUCUUUUCCACCCUUUCAGCAUCCCAGUCACCAACUUCUAGAAGAGAAUGGUUUUAAGCAGCAGAAGUACCUUAAAUUUUACAAAAAGUGCUUGAGUGAUAGAAAGAAGUUGGGUAUCGGUUGCAGUGAGGAAAUGAAUACUCUAUAUCGGUUUUGGUCUUAUUUUCUUAGAGACAUGUUUGUUGAUUCAAUGUACAAUGACUUCCGAAAAUAUGCACUGGAAGACGCUGCUUCCAACUAUAAUUAUGGAAUGGAGUGCCUUUUCAGGUUCUACAGUUAUGGUUUGGAAAAAGAAUUUAGAGAGGAGCUAUACACGGACUUUGAACAGCUUACCCUUGAGUUCUUCCAGAAAGGAAAUCUUUACGGCCUUGAGAAAUACUGGGCAUUCCACCACUAUCGUAGACAACGAGAUCAGAAAGAACCCCUAAGAAAACAUCCGGAAUUGGAUAAGUUACUUAGGGAGGAAUACCGUAGCUUGGAUGAUUUCCGUGCAAAAGAGAAGGCAGCACAUACAAAAGAGGACGGGAACUAGAGUGAUGAGACGAACAUUCCAAUUUUGAACAACAUUUCUAACAACUUGAAGUUUGAGUUGAGGAGCAAGUUUGGUUUUGAGGCUAAAAUGGCUCUGUACAUUAUAUAAGUAAAAAAUGCCUCUGUUUUAUGGCUGCUGCUGAGGUUACAUACAAUUGAGUUGAGAGGCUGUCUCUGGGGUUUAUGCCUUCAUUUUGGUGCUGCUUGCAAGCUUGAAGAGAGAUCCCCAUGUUGUUUGUUAGUCACAUUUGUUUUUAUCUGGACUGUAACAUUGUAAAUAGGGAAGAAAAAAAAGAGGAAAUUUUGGAUAAGCGAGAAGGGGAAAAAAAUUGUUGUCUAGGCCUUAUGGAAAUUGAAUAAUAAGAAAAUUUAUUUUUUGUUGGCUGAUUA